UCCAACACACAAGCUAACGCGUGCGGGGACUGGAGCCCUUGGGGACGCGAGGCCCAAAGACUCAGGACGUACAGAGGCUCAGUGCGUGCAGUGGAAUCGACUGGGCUUCACCUCUGGAAGGUCCAGGGGCCAUCUUCCGGGUUCACCACCGCAUCCCCACUGCCGGCACAGCGCCUCCUGGCGACUAACAUCGGUGACUUAGUGAAAGGACUAAGAAAGACCCGAAGUGAGGCCGGGACAGGAAGAUUUCUAGCGGCCACGUGGAGAACGGUUUGGAACCCUGCGCCGGGCUUAGCGGCGGUUGCUGGAGGAACGGGCAGAGUCGCCCAGGGUCCUGCCCUGCGGGCAGGCGGUGACGUCCCCACUGGAGGCGGAGGCAGGCGGUGACGUCCCCACUGGAGGCGGAGCCGCAGCCUCGCGGGGGCGGGGCCUGGCGCCGGCGGUGGCGUCACAAAAGGUGGGGCCGCAGUAGUGUCCGAGAAGUCAGGCACGUAGCUCAGCGGCGGCCGCGUCGCGUGCGUUUGUGCUUCUGCGCGGGUGUCCGGGUUCUUCUGUCAUCAUGCCGAUGUUCAUCGUAAACACCAACGUGCCCCGCGCCUCCGUGCCGGACGGGUUCCUCUCCGAGCUCACCCAGCAGCUGGCGCAGGCCACCGGCAAGCCCCCCCAGUACAUCGCGGUGCACGUGGUCCCGGACCAGCUCAUGGCCUUCGGAGGCUCCAGCGAGCCUUGCGCGCUCUGCAGCCUGCACAGCAUCGGCAAGAUCGGCGGCGCGCAGAACCGCUCCUACAGCAAGCUGCUGUGCGGCCUGCUGGCCGAGCGCCUGCGUAUCAGCCCGGACAGGUACGCGGAGGCGCGGAGGGGCGGAGGGGCGGGGGAGGGGCGGCGGCACGCGGCCAGGCCGGGGACUGAGCCGCCCGCUGAGUCCAGCCUCCUCCCCGCGCAGGGUCUACAUCAACUAUUACGACAUGAACGCGGCCAACGUGGGCUGGAACAACUCCACCUUCGCCUAAGAGCCGCAGGGCCCCACGCGGUCUGCGCUGGCUGGACCCGGGAACCCGCCGCACGCAGUGUUCUAGGCUCGCCCACCCCAACCUUCUGGAGAAAUAAAACGGUUUAGAGACCAGGA